AUGGCUACAGGCGCACCGUCCGCGACCGCUCAGGCGCAAGACCAGGCGAAUGCCUCAGCUGCGUCCUUCGCAUCUUAUAACAUUAAGAACACCAGCAUCAAUGAGGGUUCUGGUGUGAAAUUGUCAGACCAGCAGAAGGUGGCUAACUACAGACCACAGCUGUUUGAGGGCAACCCCACGCUGAAGCACCUGUCUCUGUGGUCGCGCAAUGCUACAUUUGCCGACAACAUCACAAACGCCGUCGGAUAUGACAAGUUCGCAGCGCAGUGGUAUGGAUUACCUGCAGUCUUCAACCCCAUCAAGAUCCAGAGCCACCAGGUAACGUCCGGCGGGAACCCGAUCGAGCUCAGCCUCUCAAACAAGUAUGUCGUCAAGGGGAUCAAAAAGGAACAGGUCAUGGACUCUGUCGUGAAAAUUCAUGUUGGCAGUGAUGGAAAGAUUGAGAAAGUUGAGGACAAAUGGAACGGCAAGCUUCCAGAGGGCGGGAUAUCAGAGGUACGUUGGCUCCCGUUUGAGAUCGUUCGAGUCGUCGUCGGUGUUGGGCUGGAUUGGGGCUGGUGGGCUUUCUGCGCCGCGAGCUGGUGGUGGCCCUUUCUGGCUUUCCGCAAGUUAAAUGCGGUUACAGUGCCCACGAUGGUAAAGGUCCCGAAGACGGAAGAAGAAGACAGGAAAAUGCAAGCUGAGCGGGGCAACUAA